AUGACCAAAUGUGAAAGCAAUGCAAACUUGAGAGAUGAAAGUUAUAAUUUUUCGACUUUGCGACAAGCAAUUGCAGAACGGGCCAAUCUGGUAUUUCACAAUAAAGUGAUAGACGAAAUUGCCAUGAAACGACUUAUUAGUAGAUUAAUAGAUCACUUCGGCAGCAUAUACAUCACACAUCCUGGAUCAAGAAUUGAUGAUCUUUUAACAAUACCCUUGAAGAGAUGGCUAGUUCAAGAUGCUGAACAACAAAGUUUUGUUUUGGAAAAACACCAUCAUUAUGGGAAUGUACACGCGGUAGACAAAUUACGCCAAUCUAUUGAAAUAUGGAUGACUGACCCCUUCAAUCCAGUUCAUAUAAUGUCUUUUUCGGGAGCUAGAGGAAAUGCAUCUCAGGUACAUCAAUUGGUAGGUAUGAGAGGAUUAAUGUCGGACCCUCAAGGACAAAUGAUUGAUUUACCCAUUCAAAGCAAUUUACGCGAAGGGCUUUCUUUAACAGAAUAUAUAAUUUCUUGCUACGGAGCCCGUAAAGGGGUUGUGGAUACUGCUGUACGAACAUCAGAUGCUGGAUAUCUCACGCGCAUACUUGUUGAAGUAGUUCAACACAUUGUUGUACGUCGAACAGAUUGUGGCACUGUCCGCGGUAUUUCUUUUUGGAUGUUUUGGGUGUGUGCAGUUUUCGAUUUGCUGCAGUUUGCAGUUUUCGAUUUUUGGGUUCUUGAUCGUUUGCAGUUUUCGAUUUGGUCGUUUGCAGUUUUCGAUUUGCUGUUCAAUUUGCUGUUCAAUUUUUGGGUUCUUGGUCGUUUUACCAGGUCGUUUUGGCUGGGUGACGUAAUACCGUCACCAUUCGAUUUUAUCAAAUUAUUACAAGGUUCCGUCAAGGGUGACCGAAUCCUAGGUAUUAGUGUACUAAAAAACUAUCUCCAGAAAUUUGGUUAUCUCGACAACCUAAAUAACACCCAAAUCAAUAACGAAUUUGAUGAUGCCCUUGAGUCCGCCAUCAAAACUUACCAGCAAAAUUUCAAUAUUAACCCCACUGGCGUACUAGACGCUGCAACGGUAUCGACAAUGAUCAUCCCUCGAUGUGGGGUCCCCGACAUCAUCAACGGUGAAAACACGAUGCAGCCUGCUGGCACAGAAAAUCACGAAUCAAGCUCGAGCAACAACCAGCUUGGACAUAUCCAUACAGUAUCCCACUACACUUUCUUUUCAGGAAACCCUAAAUGGCCGCCAUCCAAAUAUAACCUAACAUACGGGUUUUUGUCUAAUGUACCCGCUAACGCAGUGGCCCCCGCAGAGAGGGCCUUUCAGAACUGGGACAACGCCACCCACUUUACUUUCAAACGGGCUUCCAGCGGUCAAACCGCUGAUCUGAUCAUAGGGUUUCAACGUGGGGACCACGGAGAUGGGUCCUCGUUCGACGGCCCGGGCGGGAUCCUAGCCCAUGCGUUCGCCCCAACCAAUGGGAGGCUUCAUUACGAUGCUGACGAGAGGUGGUCCGUCGACCCCGUCGCAAAUACUAUUCACUUGGAAACCGUGGCACUGCAUGAAAUCGGACACCUUCUUGGGCUCGGGCAUAGCUCCAUACAGGCUGCGAUUAUGUACCCUUCGGUCUCCGCAGGAACGGCCAAGAUCAAGUUGAAUGCAGAUGAUAUUCAAGGGAUCAAAGCUUUAUAUAACAUGUGAAAUAUUCAAAAUUAGAAGACCUAUUAUCCAAUACAUGCAUGUGCAAAGGACGGAUUUCCCUUUGCAAGAAUCAAUAAAAUAAAUUACUUUUUAUGAUAAUUUUAUAUUUUGUUUCUA